UGGUCAAGCGAUACCGCACCACCGAAACCAGAACCUCCAACUCCUACUUGGGAUCCAAAUGAAGUUAAUAAUAUGACCAUCCAAGAAGCAAAAGCUCCGAUUUAUUUCAAGAAAAAACAUACACCAGCCGUCAAUUUUGAUCUCGAUGAUUGUGAGGGUUGGGGUGCACCUCCUACUAAAUGUAUCCCUUGGAACGAUUCUCGUCAAGGAUAUUGCAUUGAAUUAAUAGAAGAACAAAAGGAAACUACAUUCUGGUCAUUGCAAAACGGGAGUUGGGUAAACGUUAGUGAAGAGAAUCAAAUAACCGAACAAAUAUCGGAAUAUUCCCCUGAUGGUAGUAAAUUCACUGACGUGAGACAACUGACAAGGACUCGUUUUGGACGCCAAGGGAUUCAAUCCCGAUCCUUCGAUGUUUCUCCGUUGGAUGAACAAGUUAGAAACGAAAACGAAGAACGUAGUUUGACAAUGUCUAACCCAGGAGAAAUUGGAAAUGUUGUUAUUGAAUUAACGGAUAGUUCUGAUAAUGAAACUCUGAAAGAUAAAAAGAUUCAUUUAAAUUAUGAGACACCAACAAUAAAAGAAUCUCACGAACGCCUCGGUAACCCCCAAUGGAUACCUAAACAUGA